UCCCUUCCUUCUCUUCCUUCCCUUCCUUGCAGAGGAGCCUGCAGGGUCGGCUGGGAUGGGUUCUCCCCCGGGCCGGAGGAAGAGGCGCCUGGCCUGCUGGGGCUGCCUCUGCGCCGCCUUCGCCUUCACCUCCUGCUUCCUCCUCCAGGUGAGCCAGGCUUCCCAGCGGCCGGAAGAGUCCUCCUUCCCAGAAGACACCGAGUCAGAGGCGGUGCGGAGGCGAUGGCGGAGCUACGCCGACUUCUCCGACGACGAGGACCUGCUGGCCGAGGAAGCCUCCGGAGAUGGCUUUGGAAGCGGAGAGAACGGCAGCGGGACCCUCUCCCCCGAGAUCCAUUUCCCCACAGGCCCGUGCCCCGAAGGCCACUUCCACACAGAGCUGACCGGCCAAUGCCGUCCCUGCUUCUGCUUCGGCAUCACCAAGGCUUGCCGCUCCACCAGCCGCCACCGGGAGCAGAUCCGCCUGCGCUUCGACAUCCCGGACGACUUCAAAGGUGUGAAUGUGACCACUCCUUCCCAGCCCGGCUCGCCCCCGCUCUCCUCCACGCAGCUCCAGAUUGACCCUCAUCUGCAGGAGUUCCAGCUGGUGGACCUCAGUCGCCGCUUCCUGGCCCAGGAUUCCUUCUGGACGCUUCCCGGGCAGUUCCUGGGCAACAAGGUGGACUCCUACGGUGGCUCCCUACGCUUCAAGGUGCGCUACGUCUUGGGCCGGGGCCAUUCGGAGCCCCUCCGGAAGCCCAGCGUGGUCCUCGUGGGCAACGGGCAACAUCUCCUCUACCGGGCCGUGGUGCCCACCCAGCCCAACGUGGUCAACCAGCGGGAGGUCCAGUUCACUGAGGAGAACUGGGAGACGGAGUCAGGUUCGGCCGUGAGCCGUGAGGAGCUGCUGCUGGUCCUGCAGAACCUGGAGGCCAUCCUGGUGCAGACGGUGUACGACAAUCGCAUGGCCAGCGUGGGGCUCAGCGACGUGACCAUGGACACCACCACCACCGAGGUCACUGGCCUGGGAGUGGCCCAAGGGGUUGAGGAGUGCAGGUGCCCUGUGGGAUACACCGGCCUCUCCUGUGAGCGCUGCGCUCCGCAUUUCAAGCGUCUCCCCGGCGCUCCGUACUUGGGCACCUGCUCCGGGUGCAGCUGCCACGGCCACUCCAGCGCCUGUGACCCGGUCUCCGGAUACUGCCUGCGGGUGGUGACGCCCAAACCCACGCUGUCCCCGGAGCUGCGCCCCUGCCGGAAAGACGAGGCCAUCUGCCAAAACAAGCAGUGCAUCCCCCGGGAGUACAUCUGCGACGGGGAACGGGACUGCCGCGACGGCAGCGACGAGCUCAAUUGCGGGACACCUACACCUUGCGAACCGAACGAGUUCAAGUGCCGAAACGGCCACUGCGCCCUCAAACUCUGGCGCUGCGAUGGGGAUUACGACUGUAUGGACGGGUCGGAUGAACUGGAUUGCCCUACGAAGGGUCCCGGAGAUACUUGUGGCCCUGGGCAGUUUGUCUGCGUCUCCACCCGCAACUGCAUCCCGGCCAGCUACCAGUGCGACGAAGAGCCCGACUGCCCCGACCGUUCAGACGAGUUCGGAUGCAUCCCUCCGCAGGUGGUCACUCCACCCGAAGAGCUGAUCCAGGCCUCUCCAGGCGACACGGUCCGCUUCUCUUGCGUGGCGGUCGGGGUGCCCACCCCCAUCAUCACCUGGAGGCUGAACUGGGGCCACAUCCCCAGCAACCGCAGAGUGUCCAUCUCCAGCGAGAACGGCCGGGGGACGCUGGUUAUCCGGGACGUCAAGGAGGCUGACCAGGGGGCCUACACCUGCGAGGCCAUCAACGCCCGAGGGAUGGUCUUCGGCAUCCCCGACGGGGUGCUGAGUCUCACCACUGGAAGAGGCCCGUGCCCCGAAGGCCACUUCCACACAGAGCUGACCGGCCAAUGCCGUCCCUGCUUCUGCUUCGGCAUCACCAAGGCUUGCCGCUCCACCAGCCGCCACCGGGAGCAGAUCCGCCUGCGCUUCGACAUCCCGGACGACUUCAAAGGUGUGAAUGUGACCACUCCUUCCCAGCCCGGCUCGCCCCCGCUCUCCUCCACGCAGCUCCAGAUUGACCCUCAUCUGCAGGAGUUCCAGCUGGUGGACCUCAGUCGCCGCUUCCUGGCCCAGGAUUCCUUCUGGACGCUUCCCGGGCAGUUCCUGGGCAACAAGGUGGACUCCUACGGUGGCUCCCUACGCUUCAAGGUGCGCUACGUCUUGGGCCGGGGCCAUUCGGAGCCCCUCCGGAAGCCCAGCGUGGUCCUCGUGGGCAACGGGCAACAUCUCCUCUACCGGGCCGUGGUGCCCACCCAGCCCAACGUGGUCAACCAGCGGGAGGUCCAGUUCACUGAGGAGAACUGGGAGACGGAGUCAGGUUCGGCCGUGAGCCGUGAGGAGCUGCUGCUGGUCCUGCAGAACCUGGAGGCCAUCCUGGUGCAGACGGUGUACGACAAUCGCAUGGCCAGCGUGGGGCUCAGCGACGUGACCAUGGACACCACCACCACCGAGGUCACUGGCCUGGGACUGGCCCAAGGGGUUGAGGAGUGCAGGUGCCCUGUGGGAUACACCGGCCUCUCCUGUGAGCGCUGCGCUCCGCAUUUCAAGCGUCUCCCCGGCGCUCCGUACUUGGGCACCUGCUCCGGGUGCAGCUGCCACGGCCACUCCAGCGCCUGUGACCCGGUCUCCGGAUACUGCCUGAACUGCCAGCACAACACCGAGGGACCCCAAUGCAACACGUGCAAGCCGGGCUUCUUUGGGGACGCCACCAAAGGCGGUCCCACGGCGUGCCUGCCUUGCCCGUGCCCCUACACCGAAGCCCCCCGGAGGUUUUCCAGCACUUGCUUCUUGGACACGGACGGGCAGGCCACUUGCGACGCGUGUGCCGUGGGAUACACCGGGCGCCGCUGCGAGAGGUGUGCUACUGGUUAUGAAGGCAACCCCAUCCAACCUGGCGGGAAGUGCAUCAAGGCACCUGAGCAAGUGGUCGCCCGUUGCGAUAAGCGGGGCAGCAGCGAGGUUUCGGACGGGGCUUGCCGAUGCAAGCCCAACGUCAUGGGCCGCUUCUGCAACGAAUGCGCGACGGGGACCUUCCACCUCAGCCAGCACAACCCGGAGGGCUGCCUGCGCUGCUUCUGCAUGGGGGUCUCCCGGCAGUGCGCCAGCUCCUCCUGGAGCAGGGACCAGGUGCGUGUGGCCUAUGAGGAAGCCGGAGGAACCCACUUCAGCCUCUCCAACGCGGCCGGCACUCGGACAGUCAGCGAGGGGCUGCGCUUCUCCGGACCCUCCGAACUCACUUUCUCCUCCUUCCACUCGCUAGCGCCGGAUGUCUACUUCUGGGUGCUGCCGGAGCGCUUCAAGGGAGACAAGGUGACCUCCUACGGCGGGGAGCUGCGCUACACUAUCGUCCACGACGCCUUCCCCGGAGCCCCUCUCCUGCGGGGCCAGCCGGACGUCCUGCUGCAAGGGAACGGCAUUUUCUUGGAACACAAGGCCGACACCACCCCGCUCCCAGGGACCCCCAUGACCUUCACCGUGCCCUUCCGGGAGCAUUCCUGGCGCCGCGCCGAUGGGCAGGACGCUACCCGCGAACACCUCCUGAUGGCUCUGGCUGGCAUCGACCUCUUCAUGAUCCGGGCCUCGUACUCGAAGCGGCCCUCAGAGAGCAGGAUAUCCGGCAUCCAGCUGGACGUGGCGGUGCCGCACCCCACCGGUCGGGACCCCGCCGUGGAAGUGGAAGAAUGCACCUGCCCUCCUGGAUACCGUGGACCUUCCUGCCAGGACUGUGAUGUGGGCUACACCCGGACUACUAGCGGGCUCUACCUGGGUACCUGCGAACCUUGUGACUGCGGGGGACACGCCACUGAAUGCGACCCGGAGACCGGGGAGUGCCAGAACUGCCAGCACGACACGGAAGGCCCCCGCUGCGAUCGCUGCCGGCAAGGUUUCUAUGGCGAUGCCCGACAAGGGUCCUGCCGGCCCUGCCCUUGCCACGGCGCCAUCCCCCUUGGCCAGGAGGUCAAGACCUGCUUCCUCGACUCGGACGGGCAGCCCACCUGCGACGCCUGUGCCAUAGGAUCCCACGGCCGGCAGUGCGAACGGUGUUCUCCGGGUUACGUGGGGGACCCCAGCCGGGGCUAUCCGUGCACCCGUCCAGGUUCGGGUUCGAGGUGCAACUGCGACCCUCAAGGCAGCCUCAGCAGCCAAUGUGACGCCAAUGGGCAAUGCCAGUGCAAGGCCAACGUGGAGGGCCCCCAGUGCGACUCCUGCCGCCCGCACCACUUCCACUUGAGCGCCGAGAACCGGGAGGGCUGCCUGCCCUGCUUCUGCAUGGGGGUCACCCAGCAGUGCGCCAGUUCCUCCUACCACCGCGACACUGUCAGCACUCCCUUCUUCCCAGGGAACUUCCAGGGCUUUGCGCUGGUCAACCGGCAGCACAGCGCCCGCGUCCAGACUGGCUUCACGGUGGAGAUGGCCCCCGAAGGGCCGCAGCUCUCCUUCGGCCGCUUUGGGCAACUGGGCCAGGAGGCCUAUUACUGGCAGUUGCCGGAUGCCUACCUGGGGGACAAGGUCGGAUCCUAUGGCGGGCGCCUUCGCUACACUCUGUCCUACACCGCGGGGGUGAGAGGAACGCCGUUGCCGGACGCCGAUGUGCAAAUCACCGGGAACGACAUCACUUUGGUGGCGUACUUAUCUGAGCUGAGGCCCCGUGAACGCAAGAGCUUCGAGGUCAUCUUCCGGGAGCAAUUCUGGAAGCGACCUGACGGUCAGCCGGCCACCCGGGAACACCUGAUGAUGGCCCUGGCUGACCUGGAUGAAGUCCUCAUCCGGGCCACCUACUCCACGGACAUGAUCUCAGCGGGCAUUGCGGGUGUCUCCAUGGAGACGGCCGUGCCCACCUACACCAGCCUCCCACGGGCUCUGGAGGUGGAGGAGUGCCGCUGCCCACCGGGGUACCAGGGCCUCUCAUGCCAGGACUGUGCCUCCGGAUAUACGCGCACCGGCGGAGGUCUCUACCUGGGCCAUUGCGCGCUGUGUGAAUGCAAUGGACACUCCGAUUCGUGCCACCCAGAGACAGGGGCCUGUUCGAGCUGCUUGCACCAUGCAGACGGUGAAUUCUGCGAGCGGUGUGCCCCCGGUUUCUAUGGAGAUGCCACGGCCGGGACUCCCGAGGACUGCCAGCCUUGUGCCUGCCCACUGCCCGAUCCGGAGAAUCAGUUCUCCCGGACCUGCGAGAGCCUCGAAGGCGGAGGGUACCGCUGCACCGCCUGCGAACCAGGAUACACAGGACAGUACUGUGAACAGUGUGCCGCAGGUUAUGUGGGCAACCCCAACAUCCCUGGGCAGAAGUGCGUGCCCCUGGGUCGUCCUGGCCAGCCCCCGCUUGUUGUGCAGGUCCACCCCCCACGGACGGCCGUCUCUCAAGGCAGUGUGGUGUCUCUCCGCUGUCAUGUCAGUGGGGCUCCUCCCCAUUAUUUCUAUUGGUCCCGGGAGGACGGGCGCCCUGUGCCAGGCACUGCCCAGCGCAAGCAUCAAGGUAUGGAGCUCUACUUCCCCAGCAUCCAACCCUCUGAAGCCGGCGUCUACAUCUGUACCUGCCGCAACCCGCAGUACUCCAACACCAGCCGGGCCGAGGUGGUUGUCACAGAGUCUCCCAGCAAACCCAUCACGGUGACGGUGGAGGAGCAGAAAGUGCAGAGCGUCAAGGCCGGAGCCGACGUGACCUUUGUCUGCACCGCAAAGAGCAAGUCUCCGGCCUACACACUGGUCUGGACACGGCCGAACAACGGGAAGCUGCCCAGCCGGGCCAUGGACUUCAACGGCAUCCUGACCCUCCGCAAUGUCCAACCGGAGGACGCCGGGACGUACAUCUGCACGGGCUCCAACAUGUUCGACAUGGACGAAGGGGUGGCCACCCUCUACGUCCAAGCACCGUCCAAGACCCAGAUGUUCUAUGGACCCGUAGAAGUGGUGGAAGGCCACCGGCCCUCCACAGCAGCCGUACCACCAAUGGCCGCCAUUGAGCCUUCACAGCUGAGCGUCCAGCCCGGGCAGGCAGCCGAGUUCCGCUGUGUCGCCACCGGAAGCCCAGAACCCUCCCUCGAAUGGAUCGGGGGGCCGGGCGGUGUCAUUCCUCCCAGGGCCGUCAUCCGAGGCGGGAUCCUGCGUUUCCCGGCGACCGAAGCCUCCGACGAGUCUCAGUACUUGUGCCGCGUGCGCAACAGCGCCGGUCAGCAUGUGGCCCGAGCCUUCCUGCAAGUACACAGCGCCACCGUCCCACAGGUCCAGGUGAGUCCGGAGCGGACAGAGGUCCAGGAGGGCAGCACCGUCAGGCUCUACUGCCGGGCUGCCGGGUCCCCCGCGGCCACCAUCACCUGGGAGAAGCAAGGAGGGAGCCUGCCUCCCCAGUCACGUGCAGAGAGGACAGACAUUGCCACCCUGGUCAUCCCUUCCAUUACUGUUGCCGACGGAGGGGUCUACUUGUGUGUCGGGAGCAGCCCCGCCGGGGUUGGACGGGCCAGGAUCGAGGUGGCGGUCCAGCGAGCGGCCGGGAUGUCGCCGACUGUCAAGAUCGACUCUUCGUCCUCUUCAGUGGUGGAAGGUCAGACCCUGGACCUGAACUGCGUUGUGUCCGGACAGAGCACAACCCCCGUCACCUGGUACCGGAGAGGGGCAGCCCUGCCCGCCAACCACCAGGUCUAUGGCCCCGUCCUGAGGAUCAUGGAGGUCUCCGCCUCCGAUUCGGGCGAAUACGUCUGCCGCGUCAGCAACGCAGCGGGUCCCAGGGAAGCCUCGAUCACUGUUAUUGUGCAGCAUGGGCGCUCUUCUGUGCAAACAAGCAACCCUCCGGUCAGGAUUGAAUCUGCUUCGCCGUCCAUCACCGAAGGGCAAGCCUUGGACCUGAACUGCCUGGUGGCCGGCCAGUCGCGGCCCCAGGUCGCCUGGUACAAGCGUGGGGGGUCCCUCCCGCCCAACCACAAGAUUUCGGGCUCUCACCUGCGGAUCCCAGGGGCCAUGGCGGCCGAUUCAGGGGAAUACGUGUGCCGGGCGAGCGGAGCUGAUGGCGUGGUUCAAGAGGCCUCCAUUGUGGUCACCGUCUACAGCACUUCCCAAACCUCGGGUGUCACUCCUCCGUUACGGAUCGAGUCCUCCUCGCCCUCCGUCAUGGAAGGCCAGGCCUUGGAGCUCAACUGCGUGGUGGCCGGACAGUCGGAAGUCUCCGUCACGUGGUACAAGCGCGGAGUGGCCCUCCCUCCUGGGCACCAGGUCUCUGGUUCCCGCCUCCGCAUCCCGCAGGCCUCCCUCUCGGACUCGGGCGAGUACAUCUGCCGCGUGAGCGUGGACUCCAUUGUUCGGGAGGUCUCCGUCCUGGUCUCCACCGCUGGUUCUUCACCCGCCUUGAGCAUCACUCCUUCCCUGCGGAUCGAGGCUUCCUCCCCGCACAUCGCGGAAGGGAAGACGCUGGAGUUGGACUGCCUCACCGCCCGCAAUGCGCAGGCCUCCGUCUCUUGGUCCCGGCGAGGGGCCCCCCUGCCCACCCACCACCAGGCCUUUGGCUCCCGUCUACGCUUAGUCCGCGUCACUGCGGCCGAUUCAGGGGAAUACAUUUGCCGUGUCUCCUUCGACGCCAUGACCACUCAGGAAGCCUCUGUUUUUGUCACCAUCCAUCACGGCGGCGCUGACACUUUCCCAUCCGGAGUGACUCCGCCGGUGCGGAUCGAGUCCUCCUCGACUUCUCCAGCCGAGGGCCACACGCUGGACCUGAAGUGCAUUGUGGCCGGGCCCCUUUUGCAGUCCAGGCUGACGUGGUUCAAGCGGGGUGGCCCACUUCCUGCCGGUCACCAGGUCUCGGGCCCCCUGCUGCGCAUCCCACAGGCCUCAGCGGCCGACUCCGGGGAGUACGUUUGCCACGUCAGCAAUGGCACCGCCACCCAUGAGGCCUCCCUGAUCGUCACCAUUCAGAGCGGGACGGACUCCUCCUACUCGGUGGGUGUCACCCCUCCGAUCCGCAUUGAGACUUCUUCGGCCUCUGUGGUGGAGGGUCAGACUCUGGACCUGAACUGCCUGGUGUCCGGUCAGUCCCAGGCCAGGAUCCGGUGGUACAAGCGAGGGGGCGCCCUGCCGGUCAACAGCCAGGUCCUGGGAUCCCGCCUCCGGAUACUCCAAGUCACGGCGGCUGACUCGGGCGAAUAUGUCUGCUACGUCAGCGAUGGGACCACACCGCUGGAGGCCUCCGUCGUCGUCAACAUCCCCAGCAGGGAUGGUACACUUCCAGCACAUGGGAUCAUCCCUCCAGUGCGGAUCGAGUCCUCGUCGGCGACGCUGGCGGAGGGACAGAUGCUGGAGCUGAGCUGCGUCGUGGAAGGCCAGCCGCAAGCCACCAUCACCUGGUUCAAGCGAGGGGAGCCCCUCCCGCCCAACCACCAGGUCUCCGGCCACCGCCUGCGUAUCCCGCAUGUCUCCUCGGCCAAUUCGGGAGAGUAUGUCUGCCGGGUCAGCGGUCCCUCUGUCACCCAGGAGGCCACGCUGGUGGUCACCAUCCAAGACGGCCAGAGCCCUUUGCCUCCGCCUUCUGACAUGGAUCGAACCCCUGUUCCACGGAUCGAGCCUUCGUCACCCUCCGUUGAGGAAGGGCAGUCCCUGGACCUCACCUGCUUGGCCCCGGGGCAGCCGCAUGCCACGUUCACCUGGUACCGCCGGGAAGGUGCCUUACCUGCUGGUCAUCAGGUGUCCGGCGCGCGCUUGCGUCUCGUCCAGCUGACCCCAUCGGACUCUGGCGAAUACGUCUGCCGCGUAAACACCGGAUCUGGCCCGGCGCAGAUGGCAUCUUUCGUUGUCUCCGUCUCGGCUACUGGCAGCGCAGUAUCACGUUUCAAGAGCCCCAUCAUCUCCAUCGACCCGCACAGCACCGCCGUGCGCAAAGGGUCCGACGUCUCCUUCAAGUGCCGCAUCCACGACGGUGCCCAGCCCAUCGAGAUCACCUGGAAGAUGCCCAGCGACCAGCUGCAUGAGAACGUGAAGAUCAGCCCCAACGGCUCCAUCAUCACCGUCUCCAAGGCCCGGCCGGAGAACCAGGGCGCCUACCGCUGCAUCGCCUCCAACCGCUUUGGGAUCGCCAACAGCGUGGUCAACCUCAUGGUGCAAGGGCCCCCCACGGUCUCGGUGAUGCCACGGGGCCCCAUUCGGCUGAAGGCCGGCCAGUCGCUGAGCCUGGACUGCUUGGGCUCGGGCGAGCCCCGGUCCCUGGUGCGCUGGAGCCGCGUGGGCGUCCGGCAGAAGGUGGAGCACCAGAGCGUCCUGCCGCUGGAGAGCCGAGCCGUGCUGCGGCUGUCGUCGGCCAAAGCAGAGGACGCCGGCACCUACGUCUGCCUGGCCCAGAACAGCCUGGGUACGGCGGAGGCCCAGGUGGAGGUGAGCGUGGAGGACGGCACCCACCGGAGGCCAGGUGCCCCUGAAAUCCAGGCCAGCCCCACCCAGACCGUGGUGGCCGGACAAACGGCCAGGCUCCGCUGCCCCGCCACAGGCCACCCCACUCCAACCAUCCAUUGGUCCAAGCUGAGGGCCCCUUUGCCCUGGCAGCACCGGAUUGUGAACGAGACCCUGGUCAUCCCCCGGGCGGCCCAGCAGGACUCCGGACAAUACAUCUGCAACGCCACCAACACCGCCGGAUCCACCGAGGCCUUCAUCGUGCUUGACGUGGAGACUCCGCCAUACGCCACCAUCCUCCCGGACGCAGCCUCGGUGCGGGCCGGCGACAUGGUGCAGCUUCAAUGCCUGGCCCACGGCACACCACCCCUGCACUAUCGGUGGAGCAAAGCCAACGACGGCCAGCUCCCGGGACACGCUGUGGCACGUGAGGGGGUCCUGCACUUGGGGCCCGUCAUCCCCCGCGACUCAGGGGCCUACCGCUGCAGCGUCCGCAACCGGGUGGGCGAGGCCGAGGUCCUGGCCCAGGUCCGGGUGCAAGGUUCCCCCGAAGGGCCCUUGUCGGUGGAGGUGUCCCCGCAGAGUGACACCAAGGCCGUUGGGGCCACGGUGGAGUUCUCCUGCUCCGUGUCCGGAGACCCCCGGGCCCAGAUCGAGUGGCUCAAGGAAGACGGGGAGAUGCCCCCCCAACACAGCAUCAACAAUGGCGUGCUCCGAAUUGAGAAGCUGGACCGAAGCUGCCAAGGUGUCUAUGUCUGCCGGGCGAGCGGCCCCUCCGGACAGGCCCAGGAGAGGGUCCGGUUGGUGGUCCAAGCCCUUCCCAAAGUGAUGAUCAACAUCCGGACCUCAGUGCAGACGGUCCUUGCCGGGAGCGCGGUGGAGUUUGAGUGCCUGGCCUUCGGUGAUCCCAAACCGGAGAUCGCCUGGAGCAAAGUCGGAGGCCGGAUGCGGCCGGGGGUUGCGGUCAGCGGUGGGACGGUCACCAUCCACCAGGUGGAGCAGAGCGACGCCGGGCAGUACCGCUGCACCGCCACCAACAACGUGGGCACCGUCCAGUCCCACGUCAUCCUCCAUGUCCAGUCUGUCCCGCACAUUGCUGCGCAGCCCGAAGUCAAAGAGGUCUCCGCAGGGUCGGCGGUGUCCUUCCCGUGCUUGGCGUCCGGCUUCCCCAUGCCGGACAUUGCCUGGACAAAGCUGGAAGGGGAGCUCCCUGGGAACGCCCGCAUCGAGGGCCACAUCCUGAACCUCCCUGCGGUCCGGCCGGAAGACACCGGUGUCUACGUCUGCACCGCCUCCAACCGCCAAGGGAAGGUGACCGCCUUCUCCAUGCUCAAAGUGCGAGAGCGAGUGGUGCCCUACUUCACCCAGGACCCGCAAUCCUUCCUCAUCCUGCCCACCAUGAAGGACGCCUACAAGACCUUCGCCGUCGAGAUCACCUUCCGGCCGGACACGCCUGACGGGAUGCUGGUCUACAACGGGCAGAAGAAGACAACCGACACCGACUUCGUGUCCUUCGGACUGGUGGGGGGCCGCCCAGAGCUCAGGUUCGACGCGGGCUCUGGCAUGGCCACCAUCCGCCACCCCUCCAUCAUCAAACUGGGCGAGUUCCACACUGUGCGGCUUUACCGCAACCUCACCCAGGGUUCCCUGGUGCUGGACAACCAUCCGCCGGUGAACGGCACCUCUCAGGGCAAAUUCCAAGGCCUGGACCUAAACGAGGGGCUGUAUUUAGGCGGUUACCCCAACUACGCCGCCAUCGCCAAGACGGGCCUCAGCAGCGGCUUUAUUGGAUGCGUGCGGCAGCUGAUCAUCCAAGGCAAGGAGGUAAUCUUCAAGGACUUUGACCUGCGGGCCCAAGGCGUCUCCAAUUGCCCCACCUGCCAGGACCAGCCCUGCCAGAACGGAGGCGUCUGCCAGGACUCGGAGAGCAGCAGCUAUGUCUGCGAGUGUCCCCAAGGCUUUGCCGGGAGCAACUGCGAACACCCCCAGGCUCUGCGGUGCCACCCAGAGGCCUGUGGUCCCGACGCCACUUGCAUCAACCGAGCGACGGGGCCCGGCUACACCUGCCGCUGCCUCCUGGGCAAAUAUGGCGAGAAGUGCAUGGCGGGCGCCACGGUGACCACUCCUUAUUUCCAUGGUGGCAAUGCCUUCAUCUCCUACCCGCCACUCACCAACAUCCACUACGAGUUGCGAGUGGAUGCCGAGUUCAAGCCCUUGUCCCCCGAUGGCCUCGUCCUUUUCAGUGGCGGAGACGGGAGCCCGGUGGCCGACUUCGUCUCACUCAACAUGGUCAACGGGUAUCUGGAGUUCCGCUAUGAGCUGGGAUCCGGCCCGGCGGUGCUGCGGAGCCCCAAGCCGCUGGAGCUGGGCCAGUGGCAUAGGGCGACGGCCGAGCGCCUGAACAAAGACGGUUCGCUGCAAGUAGACGAGGAACGACCCGUCAAGCGGUCCUCCCCCGGGAAGAGCCAGGGCCUCAAUCUGCGCACUGCCAUGUUCCUGGGUGGUGUGGACGACGCUCUGCGGCUGCCCCCUGCGGCCAAUGUCUCCAGCCACUUCUACGGCUGCAUCGGGGAGGUCUCGAUCAACGGGAAGAAAGUGGACAUCUCCUACAGCUUCCUGGAGAGCCGGGGCAUCUCUCAGUGCGUGGAUGGCUCUCCUUGUGACCGCAGGCCCUGCCAACAUGGUGGCAAGUGCCUCGUCACCGGAGAAUACGAGUUCCAGUGCCUGUGUCAGGAGGGCUACAGAGGGGAGCGCUGCGAGAUCUCCGAGGUCCAGUGCCGGCUCCAGCGUCCCUGCCUCAACGGCGGCACCUGCAGGGACACCACCUGUGUCUGCCCCCCGGGAUUCCUCGGAUUGUAUUGCGAACAUGAAUCGCAGCGGCCCUUCAACGCCGAGUGGACACCCGAGGGCAGCGGAGGCAACGAUGCUCCCGGACAGUACGGUGCCUACUUCCAUGACGGCGGCUACGUGGCCCUUCCUCCGCAUGCUUUCCCCAGGAGCCUCCCCGACGAGCCCGAGACCAUCGAGAUGGAGGUGCGCACCAGUUCCUCCAACGGGCUCCUCUUGUGGCAAGGCGUGGCGACUGGCGCGGUGGACGAUGAGCAUCAUGUUGCUAAUGAGGAGGAAGGAGGCAGUGGGAAAGGCAAGGACUUCAUCAGCCUCGGCCUGAAAGACGGGCACUUGUUGUUCAGUUACCAGCUGGGGAGCGGAGAAGCCAACAUCCUCUCCGAAGACCCGGUGGAUGACGGCGAGUGGCACCGAGUGACCGCCAUUCGGGAAGGGAAGAAGGGAUCACUCCAAGUGGACGGCGAGGAAGCCGUGACGGGGGAAUCGUCGGGGAAACACGUCAUGGUCAACGCCAAAGGACGCCUUUAUAUCGGCGGUGCCCCCGACCCGCAAGCACUGACGGCUGGCAAGUACACCUCGGGGAUCUCGGGGUGCGUCAAGAAUGUGUUGCUGCGCAACGAGAGGCCCGGCCAUCAGCCGCAGGCGCCAGUCGACCUCCAUCACCAGGCGGAGGCCGGCGUCAACGUCCAGGAGUGCGCCUCGUAAUGGGGGGCACCACCACCGCCACUCUCCGGGAUGCCUUUUAUGAUUAUUAUUAUUGUUAUUAUUAUUUUUCCAACUGAGAGGACUUCUAUUAUUAUUAUUAUUUUAUGAUGAUGAUUUUUUUAACAGAGAGAAUCACACAAAAAAGGUGCUUUGCUGCUACCAAAAAAAAUACGGGGGGAGGCGGGGGGAUGUGUGUUUUGUGUCUACGGCCAACGCGGGCUCUCCUUGCGAGGAGGUGAGUGUCCGAAGAGGGCUUUGAUGCGCUCCCUCCAUCCAGAGGGAGGAAUCAGGAGCGUCCUGGGUUAGUAGCCGAACCUCCCUUCGCUCUGCCAUUAGUUUCCUGGACUCCGGAGAGGCUUCCCAAGCAAAGCCGCAACCUUGUUCCGGAGCCCCGGAGGGCUAACCACUGCCUUGACGCUUCCCCAACUCCUCCGCCAGUGCCUUACGAGGAAGAAGAUAGGCGCACAGGGCUUCUUUGGGCGCUUGCGCUGCGCCGGACAAGGCCAUCCGCGGACUCUUCCCCUUUGCCGAUCCCCUUUGGUCCGGUCUGCACUGAGUGAGGGCUCGCCUUGACCUUCCUCUCCUCCCGCUUCAGCCAAAGAGCAGGACGGCGGUUCCAAAGAUGCCCGAAGGAAGCCUUCUCCAACAAACCGUCGUGCCAGUCUCUGGCUCGUUUGGACUCGGACCGCGAGCCUCCGUCGGCUUCUCCGGCUUCCUUUCGAAAGUCAGAAGCCGCCUCUGCCGCCGCCGCACUGCCCUUAUCCCUCGUCCCCGGCUUCCCCAGCCCCCCUUUUAUUCGUAUUCUCUUUUCUUAAAUAAAUGGUGCUGAACCCCAAGA